AUGCCUGCGACUCCGGGCGAUGAAGGCAAAGCCAAGCGUAACCUGGUUCGCUGGGAUGAUGACAAGGACAAGCAACUCCUCCUCUGCAUGCAGUAUGCUUGCAACAAGGCCGGCAUCCGCAUUCCUUGGGACUCUGUCGCUAAGCAGAUGGGUGACAAGUUCUCUGGUGGCGCUUGUGUCCAGCACCUGGCCAAAUUGCGCAACCGCAUGGCUGAGGAGAACAUCCCCGUUCCCCCACCUCUGCCCCGCGGUCUAGUCACCUCCACUCCGUCUCGAGUCUAUGCCAAGCGUGCGGCCGAUGAGAUGGACCUUCCUGACAUUGAGCCUCUCAACCGCGCUGAUGAUUCUUCCAAGCCUGCCACCAAGAAGCGCAAGGCCACUAAGAAGGACGCUGCUGUCAAGGAGGAGUCUGACCAUGAGAACAUCCCCGACCUCUAUGACUCUGAUGCCGAUUAUGGUGCGACGCCCACGAAGGCUGCCAAGAACAAGCCAAAGAAGGGCGGCAACACCAAGAAGAACACUUGCCGCAAGUCGAUCGCUGAGCCAGCUGAUGAGAUGUCUGAGCCUACCACACCCACCUCUGCCACCCGUACUCGUGGUAUUCGAGUCAACUAUGCGCAGUUUGACAACCCUCUAGGCGAAGAUGAGGCCGAGGAUGUCAAGCCCACUAUUAACGAUGAGGAUGAGCCUGCAAGUGAAGCUGAAGCCAACGUGGCGAACACUGCUGGUGCUGUCGAAGAAGAUGUCAAGGAUGAGGAAGCUGCUGUCGCCUUCGACGAGCCCGAGACCGUCAACCCCAAAGCUACCGUCAAGCGCACUGUUCCUCAGCAGGUCACCCCCAUUCUGACUCCUGCAUCUGGCCCCAACGAGCAGCACGCUGACACUGACGAGCUCCUGCGUCGCACCCACACCACUCACAACCCGACCCUGUUCAAUUUCCAGGACAUGGGCAACAACCAGACCAUCGCUGGCUGGGCUCCGCAGUAUGGUGGUUACAACGCUCCUGUCAACUCUUUCGCCGGUUACAACAUGAAUCAGGCUCAAGACCAGAAUCGAUUCGCCAGCAACAAUGGUCCCUCGGGUUUCAUGUGGGGUACGGGUCAGGGCUUGUUUCAGAACAACUUUGAGAACAACCCGGCUUGGCUCAACAGCUCCUUCCAAGACACCCACGGUCUCCAUUCUACGCCCACUAGCAUGGGCAGAAAUACCAGUUUGACUCUUACCAGCCCAUUCGGAGUCAAGGACCCCAUGAGCACUAAUGUGGACGAUCUCAUGACUGCGUUCGACCCAACUGCUGACCACUCGACUUCCGCCACACGCACCAACUCGAAGGAGUCGAUCGAGUAUCAGGACUCUCUCAAGGGCUUCGAUAGCCUGACGAGCUAUGGUGGUGGUGAGGAACUCGACAUGUCGAGCUUUGGUGCCGGCCGCUUUGAUGACGACAACGAGAUGCUGAGCUUCCUCGACUUCGAUGCGGAGGAUGCGUCUUAA